AUGGAAGCAGCAAAUGCAUUUGCCAACCUCUCUCUUGCCGAACUAGGUGAGGAGGAGACUGUACAACAGUUAGAUGGAAUCUCCCUACGUCAGCCAGAGCCAGAAAUCGUAUACCUUGCAGUUGGCAGACUUGUCACAGCAAAACCGAUUAGAUUCCACUUCUUCAAGGAUACAAUGGCAUCAAUAUGGCAACCUGUAAUGGGGAUGAAUGUGAUGGAGCUAAAGCCCAGGCUCUACCUUUUUCGGUUCUUUCACAAGAAGGAAUUAGAUCGUAUUAUUGACGAUGGCCCAUGGAUGUAUGAACAAAGUUUACUGCUGCUGAAGAAACUAGAGCCACAUGAAGAUCCUGAAGCAGUUACUUUGAGCCAUGCUGAUUUUUGGAUUCAAAUCCACGGCCUUCCGGUGGGAUGCCGUUCGGAGGCAGUACUGCAAGCAAUAGGACAGUUUGUAGGCGGACUGAUAAAAAUGGAUGAAAAAAAUUUCGACGGUUCGCUACGAGCUUUCUACAGAAUUCGGGUGGCCCUAAACGUCUCAAAACCGUUGAAGAAAGGAAUGCGGUUGAAGAAGGAUGAUGGGGAAUGGUUCACUAUUCUCUUCCAGUAUGAGCGUCUACCUACAUUCUGCUUCCUAUGCGGAAUGAUAGGGCAUGGCGAGAAGCAAUGUGCGAAGUGGCUGGAGGAAGGAGAACAGCAAAAAGAAAAACCAUUCAGUCCAUCAUUACGAGCAGGAACCCGGCGAAACAUCCCUACGUCCGGUGAACAGUGGAUCGCUCCGGAUACCUAUGCCGACAGGAAAUUAUGGAGGGCCUCGGGAAAAGAAACGGCAAUGGACAAUAGUGCGGAAAAAGUGGUGGUGGGGGACUCGAGGAGAGAUACCAUACUUAAUCCCAGCAACUAUGUUUCCCACAAUACAAUAAACAAUACUUUUUUCAAGGAAAGUGGGAAACAGAAUAUAGGCACCCAUAUUUCAGGGGAUGUAGAGAUGGGCACGCCAGAUACCACUAGCGCCUUGGAAGCCAGUACUGCAGGCGGUAAGGGGGGAAACAACAACGGUGGUAAUCCACCACCUGGUUCAAACCAACCUACCCAACCUUUUUCAUGCAACAAUAUUGAAAAUAAAGAAGCACAAAAGAACAAAGGCAAAGAAAAAGUGCAGACCACAUUGACGACUACUAUAGUAACCCAGAUGGUUGAAAAUGCCAAUGAUGGUAUACUGGAUGUGGUUGAUCAGAAACGGCAAAGGGUGGGCGAAUAUGGAAGUGGCAGUGGCAUGGAUACUAUGGCUAUGGACGUGGAAACCUUGGGGUCAAAAAACGGGGAUGCGGCGGGACUUGCUAUGCAAGCCCGCCCAGAAUUAUGA